AUGUACGGUGGAGUGGUGGGUAAGACCGACUCUGAAGCACCUUGGGACUUGGUUACUCCGUCAAUUUUACGAGUCCUGGACCUCCCAUACCAUGUAGUGGAGCUUGGUUUAGUUGCGUUGGCGCCCGGUUCAGCCGUGGCAGUGGCGUUGGCGCCCGGUUCAGCCGUGGCAGUGGCGUUGGCGCCCGGUUCAGCCGUGGCAGUGGCGUUGGCGCCCGGUUCAGCCGUGGCAGUGGCGUGCCCGGUUCAGUGGCAGUGGCGGCGCCGGUUCAGCCGUGGCAGCCGUGGCGGCGUUGGCGCCCGGUUCAGCCGUGGCAGUGGCGUUGGCGCCCGGUUCAGCCGUGGCAGUGGCGUUGGCGCCCGGUUCAGCCGUGGCAGUGGCGUUGGCGCCCGGUUCAGCCGUGGCAGUGGCGUUGGCGCCCGGUUCAGCCGUGGCAGUGGCGUUGGCGCCCGGUUCAGCCGUGGCAGUGGCGUUGGCGCCCGGUUCAGCCGUGGCAGUGGCGUUGGCGCCCGGUUCAGCCGUGGCAGUGGCGUUGGCGCCCGGUUCAGCCGUGGCAGUGGCGUUGGCGCCCGGUUCAGCCGUGGCAGUGGCGUUGCGCCCGGUUCAGCCGUGGCAGUGGCGUUGGCGCCCGGUUCAGCCGUGGCAGUGGCGUUAUGGCGCCCGGCCCGGUUCAGCCGUGGCAGUGGCGUUGGCGCCCGGUUCAGCCGUGGCAGUGGCGUUGGCGCCCGGUUCAGCCGUGGCAGUGGCGCCCGGCUUCAGCCAGUGGCAGUGGCGUUGGCGCCCGGUUCAGCGUGGCAGUGGCGUUGGCGCCCGGUUCAGCCGUGGCAGUGGCGUUGGCGCCCGGUUCAGCCGUUGGCGCCGGUUCAGCCGUGGCGUGCCAGCUGCGUGGCGUGGCGCCCGGUCCAGCUGCAGGUGGCGUUGGCGCCAGGUCCAGAUGCAGCCGUGGCGUUGGCGCCAGGUCCAGAUGCAGCCGUGACAUUGGCGCCUGUCCAGCUGCAGCCGGCGUUGGCGCCCGAUCCGGUAGUGGCGUUGGCGCCAGGUCCAACUGCAGUCGUGGCGUUGGCGCCCGAUGCAGCUGCAGCCGUGGCGUUGGCGCCCGAUGCAGCUGCAGCCGUGGCGUUGGCGCCCGAUGCAGCUGCAGCCGUGGCGUCCGAUCCAGUCGUGGCGUUGGAGCCCGAUGCAGCUGCACCUGUGACAUUGGCGCCCGGUCCAGCUGUGGCGUUGGCGCCCGGUCCACCUGCAGCCGUGGCGUUGGCGCCCGGUCCAGCUGUGGCGUUGGCACCCGAUCCGGUCGUGGCAUUGGCGCCCGGUCCAGCUGUAGCCGUGGUGUUGGCGCCCGAUCCAGCUGCACCCGCGUGA